GGUAAUCUGUUUUGAAAUGCCUGAAAAGAAAAGCAACUCAGAUUCUAAUAAGAUGCCUUCAAAUCAGUGUGGCUGCUGCCCAUAUGGAUUUCAUAUAGACCGGGAUUUUGUGAGGUAUUGUGAUUCCUUGUACAAUACUGCUCAACUGGACAAAUUAAGGCAGCACAAAAGGGAGAGAAGAAAAGAAAAGAAAACUGUUGAAUCCUACUUAGGACUUGGCAACAUCUGCUCUUCACAGUAUUCAGAGCCCAACCAUACCACUGUUCGUCAACAUAAUACUUUACCCAAUGAUUUCUACUUAAAUAGUGAAAGUUUGAAAGAUGCUGUAACAGAUUUUGAAGACACCUGGCAAAGAAGUUUGAAAAAGAGUUCCAGUAGUUUUGCUGUUUCUGAAAAGCGAAAUGGCUUCAAAGUUAGCAAGGAUUUAGCUACUUGUGAAACAUCUGCCAUAACAUGUGCCUCUAUGGAAAAUAAAGAACUGUAUACAACUACGUUUCCUGCUGUUCAGUCUCGUAGUAGUUCCAUGAGCUCUGUGUCUUCAACAGCCAGUAUUUUAGGACCUAUGCCUGAUGCUUCACGUAUUUCUUGUAUGUCUGACCAGAUGACUGCUGCAAUAGCCACCUUAUCAAAGCCCAUUUCUAGUUCUUCCAAUACAGUUGGAAUUCAUAGGUCUGUACUUACUAACAUAAGAGCUCAAAUGGCUUCUAGCUUACACCGAAUGCGGGAAUUGGAAGAGCAAGUAAAAUCUAUUCCUAUUUUGGAGAUAAAAUUGUCUGCUUUAAAGGAAGAAAAGAACUCAUUAUUGAAUCAGUUAAAAUUAAAAGAAAGCAAGUUACAAAACAAGAAGUCUGUAAAUUCUGAUGGAGAUCUUGAAAAACAGUUGAAGAGGUUGGAAAAUGAAGGUAUCAUGUCUCCAACAUUAACAAAAAAGUGCCUCUUGUCUAGGAGCCAUGUGGAUAAUUUGUCAUCCCCUGUAAUUGCAUCUUGUAUAGAUGCUGCAAUGGCAAAGAAAAGUUUUCUUGAAAAGGAAAUAAUUUCUCAUAUAAAAAUGUGUGACAUCAAUAGUGGUAUAGAAAAAUGUAAAAAUAUGAAAAGUGUAGGCACUUCGUGCUCAGUUUUAACAAGAGAUAUUGGAAUAGGUUAUGUUCCUAAUAAAAGUAAAUCCAUUGGUGUUGGAAAUGAAGCAUCAUUUAUUUAUUCUCUCUAUUCUUGUAAUGAAAAAAAGUAUGACCAGUUAACUAGUAUAUCAUCAGAAUCUCUUGAAAGUGAUUCUGAAUCUGUAAAUGGCUCUUUUGAUCAUGCUAGAUUGUUCCUUCAACAAAGAAAUCUGAAAUCUCUUGUUGUGAGUCCAAUAAAAUCUGACUGUCCUAAUGUAGGUUUAAAAGAUUCAUCAACUAGUACAGAUGUCAUUUAUUUGAAUAAAUCUGUUAAUACUGAGCUGCUUCUUCCUAAAUUUAUACUAAAUAACUCUACAUUUCAAAAUAAAAGUACCUUAAUUUCUCCUUCAGUGAGGACAAAAGCUGUACAAGCAGUUGAGAAGAAAGCUGUUCGAACUAUUGGUUUGCAGAUUUCAGGAUCUGUAAAUGUAGAUAGAGAAGUGGAGAAGGCAUUUAAUCAGAAUCAAAUUUUAAAACAUAGUGUAGCUGUAGGCGAUUUUAACAUUCUUGAUACAAUCUGUGCACUUUGUUUGAAAGCAAAAACAUCUGUUGGUGUAGGAGACUCUGAUAUCAAUAUUUCAUUCUGUGAUAGAUGCCGCUUAGUUAAAACCGUUUCCACAUCUUGUGGUGAAGCAUCGAUAUAUGAUGUCUGUGAUAAAUGUUCUAUUCAUCAGAAAGAAAAUGCUGCUGUUGGGGACUUUGAUGUUAAUGAUGUAAGCUGUGAACAGUGUCAAAAUAAUAGUAUUCAGCGAAAUGAAAUGCAGUCAGUUGGAAUCAAUACAACUAUUGAUUCUUCUAGUCAUUUGAAUCUAAGUUCUGGCAUACAUAUAUGCGACAAAUGUAGUGCAACAAUUCACUCUGUUGCCAAAGAUUUGGCUACUAACACUGUUGAUUCAAAAAUUCCUAAACUUAAGCUGAAUAUUCGUUCUUCAGAUGUACCAAGUGAGACAAAAAGAGCAAGUUUUAGAACAAAAUUCACAAAAACUCAGAAACAUACUUCUAAAAGCAUUCAUGUUUCUUCAAGCGAUGACACUGAAGUGGAAUCCGUAGUUAACAGGUUUGAUUCUGAGGAUUUGGUGAGUAAAGGAAAUGACUUGAAUGAAAAUAAAGCCAAGUCUGCUGAUGAUACAGGAAGUUUUUCAGAAUGCUCUGAAAAUCUACCAAAUUUUUUAAAUUUGCCCGUGCCUCCUCGCAAAAAAACUGAGUUAAAUAAGGAAGUAAGAGCAGCUUGUAAAGUCCUCAAUGAUUAUCUUCUAAAACCAGAUCGAGGAGGUGAAAAAAAAACAUUAUCAAGUUUGAACAUCAUUCAGAAUGAAUGGUUCAAGGUUGCAAACCAGAAGAAUUCCGAUCCUCAUGUUAUAGAAGAUUAUCUAGAUGCAUUUGAAGAAUUCUCAAAAUUAUUAUUGGAGCGUGUUGUGAACCUUUCUGAUAGCAAUGGAAAUACUGCACUUCAUUAUGCUGUUUCAUAUGGGAAUUUUGAUGUUGUGAGCAUUUUAAUUGAUUCUAAAGUCUGUGAUGUUAACAAAAAAAAUAAGGCUGGUUAUACAAGCAUAAUGUUGGUUGCUUUAGCAGAUAUGAGAAAUGAUGCUCACCAUUAUGUUGUGCAGAGACUAUUCAGCAUUGGAGAUAUCAAUAUAAAGGCCACUCAGAAUGGACAAACUGCACUCAUGCUAGCAGUAAGCCAUGGUAAGAAAGAGAUAGUGAAAAUGUUGCUAGAUGUUGGUGCUGAAGUAAAUUUACAAGACAAAGAUGGAUCUACUGCUCUUAUGUGUGCAGCUGAGCAUGGACAUUUGGAAAUAGUUAAACUUUUGUUAUCGCAUCCAGAAUGUGAUCCAACUAUAGUUGACAAUGAUGAAUGUAAUGCUUUAACAAUUGCAAUGGAAGCUGGGCAUAAAGAUAUUGGGUUACUGAUAUAUACUAACAUGAACUUCUCAAGGGGUAGUUCACCUUAUUCAACACUCAAAAACAGAAAGCGAUCAACUCCAAGAUCCACUCCUCCACCUAGGACGCCAACUCUGCGUACGCCACCUCUUCCAAGUCCAUCUGCUAGAUCAACGAAUUCGAUACCGGCAUCAUUCCAUUUUCCAAGUUAAGAAAGCAGCACGCAGCUACAGUAUGUGCCAAAGUUUCCUUUUUGUUGUUGUCAUCGAGGCUUAUCAGGAAGAAAGAUAGUUCACUUAUCUCAGCUAUUCAAGCUAAAUUAAUCUAUUGCUAACAAAUUAAAAAGUUUCUAAGUGGGAAAGUUUCUUUGUAAAUUAAUCAUAGGUCUUUUAACAAAUGUGAAUUAACCAUAAUUUUCUUAACAUUUAACAGGAAUAUAGAGUAGUAUUUUUUUAAGUAAAGAUUAUAUUAAUAAGAAUUUGAAAUAUUUUGAUUUAGUGUUGGGAUAAUGUGGUAGUGUAUAUAAUGGAAUAUUUUAAAUAAUGUAUGAAAAUAUUUUUAAACUGCUCUUCACCUUUGUAAAUAAAAUUGUUCACUAAAA